AUGGACCGCCUCGACCGCUCCUCGAAAUGCAGCCGCCUCACCCUGCUGCUGCGCAACCUGGCCAUCGCCAUGGUAGCCUACGUCGCCGUCGUCGAGGUCCUCUCCAUCUACCAGACGGGGUCCAUCUACCCCCUCGCCAAGAAGCGCCGACCCUCCGGCGGUGAGACACCCAAGGACAACGGCCCGCUCUCGGGCGGCGUCAACUGGCGCCUGCGGCCCCAGACCCUCGUCGCAAAGAUCAACGACGCCUAUCUGGGCCCGCGGCCGCACGUCGACACAUUCGCCAACUACACCCGCCUCGUGGAGUCGUGCCGGGGCUCGCUCAACGGCCUGGAGAAGAUGAAGAACGUGCACGACUGCCUGCACUACCUGGCCUACGCGGAGAAGGACUACUUUUUCGCCCCGCAGGACCCGCCGUCGAGGGCGCUGCCCGAGUACCCGGCCAUUGAGGCCGCCGCUGCACCGACGAACGAGACGAUUGGGGAGUGCCCGGGCCCCGUGCAGCUGUUCCACACGUACUGGACGGGCCCGUCCACGUGGCGGGUCGAGCUGUUCAUCAAGGCGUACCUGUACACGCAGAACAUCCCCUGCAGCCGGCUGUACCUCUGGCUCGAGUCGGACGGGUUCCCGCGGGCUGUGGAGGACAUGCUAGCCGACAAGGGCUUCGCACGGUUCCUGCCGCUCGUCGAGCGCGGGGACAUCGUGCUCAAGGCGUGGAAGUUCCCCUCCCGCAUCCCACUCCCGCGCGGAGCCGUAGAGGAGGACCCGGCCUACGUGGGGAGCAAGCCCGUGCGCCGCGCGAGCCCCGACGACCCAACACGGACCGUCAGGAAGGAGGUGUACAUUGCGGACGGCGUUGUGCGCGACGAGGAGGACGGCAGCGAGUGGCUGGUGCUCACGGAGCGGCAGAUGACGUUCCUGCCCGUGGCCGUGUCGGACGCGGUGCGCUUCAUUGUGCUGCAUCUGUAUGGCGGCGCGUACUUUGACAUGGACGUCAUGCUGCUGCGCGACCUGCGCCCGCUGCUCCUGCCGCCGGACCACAGUUUUGCGGAGCGCUGGGCCGUCCACUCGCACCCGGGCGACUAUAACACGGCGGUCAUGUCGCUGGCGCCGAACACGUCGCUGUCGUCGUAUCUUGUGCGCGGCGGGAUCAGGAUGGGGCUUAACUUCCACCCGAGGAUUAUUGGGCGCAUGGCCUGGAAGGAUGGGCGCAAUGAGGAGUUUGUCAUGUUCGAGACGGGCCUGUUCGACCCCAUCUGGGGAGAGUUUAAUUGGGGCCGCGAGGGCCGCUGCGCGAUCCCGUGCUUUAAGGACUAUGGCGUGGCGUUCUUGGGCGGUAAGGGUGCGGUGAAGGAUGAGUGGGAGAGCUAUGAUGGGGAGCGGCUGCCGCUGAUUGGCCUGGAGGAACCGACGCGCGAGCUGAAGAGGGAGGUGGAGACGUUCAGUCCCCGGCAGAGACGGGAUAAUGGCGAGCCGGCGUCGUCGCCGGAUGAGCCGGAUGUGGUGGUGGUGCCGGUGGUGGCGGCGAAGUCGAAGCCGAAACCGGGGGCGGAUGGGAAGUAUGGGGGCGCGCCGUAUUCGCUCAAGGACGAUAAGUAUCCGCCGAAUAAUCGCACGUUGGAGAACUUCUUUAGGGGCGCUUGGAGUUAUCAUAUCCAUAACCAGUGGUCAAAACACCCACAGCCAAACUCGUGGUUCGACGUGAUCCAGAAGGCGCACGACGGCUUCCUCAGCGGCGAGCGCACAAACCCGUAUGGCGAGAAAUGGACGGGACCUACACUGCUCCCGUAUGAUAGGUGGCCGGAGUUUGACUGA